GGAAGGGAUUGUCAGUCGAUUGCAUAUCACCAAAAAUAAAGUGACGUUUUGUGAGAAAACGGGGAAAAAGCAAUGGCUGAUUGCAAAUCCUCUAGACGCGAGAGUUGUUCUCUCAAUACAGACUGAUUCCAAACACCGCUUCUUCGUCAACGAUGAUAUACAUGAACAGGGAACAGGUUGAAGAACAGUUGAAGAUAGGCUGGUAUGAAGCAAAACUGAGCAUCAGUGCUGCACAAUAAAUACAGUUGAAGAAGAAGAGUCUUGUACAAUAAGUCCACACCACUGACUCUGUACUGGCCAAUGUCUUAUGACAAAAAAAUAAGGAAGCCCCUGAACUUCACAGCUCCAAUGUAUGGCUCGUGACGUCAGUUGUGUACUGGUCGCCCAGCUUCCUGCGCUCGAGCGUCGGGAAGUUGACGGUUGCGCUUGCGCGCGGCUCCGCGAGGACAAUCCCGGCUGGAAAAUGAGUUCCAGGAAAGUCCUGGCUAUUCAAGCUCGAAAGAGGAGACCGAAAGGAAAGAAAGAGAAGGCUCAUAAAAAGCCAGAGGCUCAACAAAAAGCUCCUGCAGCUCCCCCUCCUCCUCCACCGCCUCUACCGGAGCCUGUUCCUCCAGAACCUGAGGAGGAAAUCCUUGGAUCUGAUGAUGAAGAGCAAGAAGACCCUGCUGACUAUUGUAAAGGUGGCUACCAUGCUGUGAAAAUAGGGGACCUAUUUAAUGCGCGAUACCAUGUAAUUAGGAAGCUAGGAUGGGGGCAUUUUUCUACAGUAUGGCUGUGCUGGGACAUUCAAGGGAAAAGGUUUGUUGCCAUGAAAGUGGUAAAGAGCGCCCAGCAUUACACAGAAACAGCUCUGGAUGAAAUCAAGUUACUGAAAUGUGUGCGAGAAAGCGAUCCCUGUGAUCCGAACAAGGACAUGGUGGUACAACUAAUCGAUGAUUUCAAACUUUCAGGCAUGAAUGGCAUACAUGUCUGCAUGGUGUUUGAAGUCUUGGGUCACCACCUUUUGAAAUGGAUCAUCAAAUCAAAUUACCAGGGACUUCCUAUUCUUUGUGUGAAAAGUAUUAUUCAACAGGUAUUGCAAGGUUUAGAUUACCUACACAGCAAGUGCAAGAUUAUCCAUACAGAUAUAAAACCAGAAAACAUUUUAAUGUGUGUAGAUGAAUCCUAUAUUCGACGAAUGGCUGUUGAAGCAACAGAAUGGCAAAAAGCUGGUGCUCCACCACCUUCCGGCUCAGCAGUGAGUACUGCCCCGCAGCAGAAACCGGGAGGAAAAAUGUCUAAAAACAAAAAGAAAAAGCUGAAAAAGAAGCAAAAGAGACAGGCAGAGCUACUGGAGAAACGUAUGCAAGAGAUAGAAGAGUUGGAGAGAGAGGCAGAGAGGAAGAAGAUGGAAGAGAUUUUAACAACUGUUGCAUCAAAUGACCAGGAAGGGGAGAAAAUAGAUGAGCUGAAAGAAACAAUGAUAGAUCAUGCGGUAGAUGAGGAACAACCUAAUGAAUACAAUAAAGUUGAUAAUCAGGAAGAAAAGGAAGACACAGAGAAAGAAAAUGUGGGAAAAGAUGAAGUAGAAAAUGUGGUUUCCAGGACAGAGCCAGAAUGCAAUGAGUCGCCAAAAACAAAUGGACAUGUUGAAAAUGGUCCAUUUUUACCUGACCAGCUUUGUGAAGAAGAGGAAGAGGAAGAAGACGAGGAGGAGGAGGAUGAUGAUGACGAGGAAUGUCCAAAUACAGAAGAUAGUCCCAUUGAUGGACCAAAUGCUGAAAAUAGUAACCCUUAUGGACAGUUUAAUGGAGGAUUACAAAAUGGACAGAAUAAAAGCCCUGAGUCAGAGUUCUCUGAAAUGUCUGAAUCUGUGUUUUCUAAGCUUUUAGAAUCUGCAGCUUGUGGAUCAGAUGGGUCGACAGUGACUGAGCGAGAAGACAGUAGUCCAUCACAAGAUAGGAGUAGAACUGUCUCUGCAUCCAGCACUGGAGACAUGCCAAAAAUAAAAGUUCGGGCAGCAGAUUUGUUGGUAAAUCCACUUGAUCCAAGAAAUGCAGAGAAAAUUAGAGUUAAAAUAGCUGACUUGGGAAAUGCUUGCUGGGUUCAUAAGCAUUUCACAGAAGAUAUCCAGACAAGACAAUAUCGAUCAAUAGAAGUUCUAAUUGGUGCUGGGUAUAGCACACCUGCUGAUAUAUGGAGUACAGCCUGUAUGGCUUUUGAACUUGCAACUGGAGAUUAUUUAUUUGAACCUCAUUCUGGUGAAGACUAUUCCAGGGAUGAAGACCACAUAGCACACAUCAUAGAGCUGCUAGGCAAUAUCCCAAGACACUUUGCUCUUUCUGGGAAAUAUUCUCGGGAAUUCUUCAAUCGCAGAGAUCACAUAGCUUUGAUCAUUGAACUGCUGGGGAAAAUCCCUCGAAAGUUCGCAAUGUCUGGGAAAUAUUCCAAGGAGUUUUUCACCAAAAAAGGUGAACUACGACACAUUACAAAACUGAAACCCUGGAGCUUAUUUGAUGUGCUAAUAGAGAAAUAUGGAUGGCCUCAUGAAGAAGCUGUACAGUUCACUGACUUCUUGCUGCCCAUGCUAGAAAUGGUCCCUGAGAAACGUGCUUCUGCAGCAGAAUGCCUCAGACACCCUUGGCUUGGUUCCUAGCAGCAUUCGCCAGCUUUCUUCAAGGAGCCAAUGAUCACUCCAGUGUUCAUCGUGGACCCAGCAAAGUGGCAAACUCUCAAACAUCAGGUGUAAAUCAGAUGGCUCCAACAUCAGACCAUUGUUCACUCUGAAGUACUGUUAAUGUUUGAAAUUUUGCUUUUGUGCACUGUGUUUUGGGAAGGGUAGUUUUUGUCCCUAGCAAGAGGUAGUUGGCCAACUGACUGCUGAAAACAAUUAACAUGUCUUGAUGCUUUGUUUCUUGUGUUGCCUGACCUUCUCAAGUUAAAUUUCCUAACUGAAAUUAAUGAGAAAAAUGUUAGUUUUUUUCAUGUGUUUGGAUAUUUUUUGUACCUAUUUAUGAAAAUUGUUUUAGCUGAUGAGUAUUAAUAUUGAAUGACAAGAAGAUAAAAGCAAGAAGCUACUGUAUCAAGUAAGGAAGUAGCUGAGAUAUUGCAAAGUGCUGUACAAUUGUAUCCAAUAGGAAAGAAGCAUUAUUCUUGUAAAAUCUGUAGAUUUUCCUGUAAAAUAUCUUUCGAUAAAAUACAGAAAUGGGACUUAAACUGUAAUGUGGCUAAGAGAAUGCAUGUUUUGCAGCUUGUCUACUGACAAAGGAGGCUGUGGAAAUUUUACAUUUGUUGCCUCAGUUAGUGUUGUAUUGCUGAAUCCAACCAUACCUACAAACCAACAGAUUAGUCCCAAAACAGCCCUUUAAAGGAGACAAGUUGCCUGACCCCAAGUAUGCUUUGUAGCCAUUGCAAAAGUCCCUUAAUUGUUUUUUCCUUACUUAUGAGAGCAUACCUACAAGAAUGAGCCCUUUUUAAUGAAACUAUCCUUACUGUGCUUCAGCAUUGUAAGAUAUAUAUCCAAGAUAAAAAAUUGUGAUUUCCUGUACUGAAGCUGGCAAAAGAAAGUAAAAAAGAAAAAGUGACUUUUCUAUGUGCAGAUUUACUAUUUUGUCACAAAAAAUUUAUAUGUUAAAAUAUUUUGUUGUGUCAGAAUUCAGAAAUAGUAGUCAUUGAUAUGAAAGUGAAAAUAAAAGUGGACAUGAUCAAACUUGUUUAAAACAAUUUGCAGUACAGCAGACCCCACAGACUUUAGCAUAAAAGGAAAGUUGAUCUUAGUCUGUUAACAGCAUUGCUUUCUCAGCAUCAGACGGUGACGUAAUAAAUUGCACUGGUCUUUGUAGCUUUUUCAGGGAUUAACAAUGUAAAUAGGAAGUAUUUUUUUUAAUCAUCCAUGUAAGCAUUGCAUUCUUGAAAUGUAAGUUUAAAUGUUUCCUGAGUUGCUGUGUAUAAUGAAAGAUUUAUUAGGUAACAGAAUGUUGUGGUCGAAUGCUUUUCUGGCAUGUUCCAUCUCAUCGCGUUUUCUACUUGUCAGAACUUCAAGUGUGCACUAGACAGUCAAUGAUGUGAAAGUGAACUGGCUAGUUUUAUUCCCAUUUUCCACAUUAAUUAUGGUGCCACCAUUCCUAAAUCUACCAAUUGCUGGUUUAUCCAUCUGCCUUUGCAAUAACUAGAUUGUGGACAGAAGAAUUCUGGUAUUGUAACAAUAGCCAAUUGUUUGAGGUGCUUGUAACUGUCUAAUUAAACUGUUUUGUUUCCACAA